GUCGGCUUGGAGGAAGCGGCUCGUGGAGUUUGCGGGAAAGUUCUUUCAGGUUUCAGAAUCAUUUUGAUUGAUGAUAGGGAACUCUUGUGUUUCAUCAGAUACAGGAUGGAUUCUCAGUAUGGGCCUGUCGCUCUGGGUAUACUGGCAGGUGUAGGCUGUGGGCUCUGGCUCGGAUGGCACUUCAGUGGGCGUUUUGGCAGAUCGCCCCACAGCAUGAUGGCAGCUUUAGGAAACAGUGAAGCCAGCGUGAUGGGCGAGAGCGGAGAGUUCAAAAUGAUCCUGGUGGUCCGAAACGAUUUAAAGAUGGGCAAAGGUAAAGUGGCGGCCCAGUGCUCCCACGCUGCUGUGUCUGCUUAUAAGCAGGUCCAGCGCAGAAACCCAGAGCUCCUGAAACAGUGGGAGUACUGUGGUCAGCCCAAAGUGGUGGUCAAGGCUCCAGACGAGGACUGUCUGCUGGAGCUGCUGUCCCACGCCAAAGAAGUCGGACUGCCGGUCAGUUUAAUCCAAGAUGCUGGAAGAACCCAAAUUGCACCAGGGUCUCGGACGGUUCUUGGCGUGGGACCAGGACCUGCUGAUCUUGUUGAUAAAGUGACUGGACACCUAAAAUUGUAUUAAGAUGGGACUUAACUGGGGCAGUUUGACCAAUAAUUAUCAUUUUUAUACAACCAGGAAGAGUUAAGUUGAAUUAAAAUGGUUUAAAAGACACAUUGAUUUAUAGGUUUAACCAUUUAUUUUAAGUAAACAGUUCAACCAUUCCAUCAUUGAACAUGAAUACAUUUUUGUCAGUCUUAUGUACAGAAAAUUAGUUAUUUGGGAAUCUCAAUUCUAUCAUAUUUCAAUAACCCCCCUCAUACCCAAUGGAAUAAAUGACUUUUGUUUGGUAAAACUUUGA